AGGGUAGGCUGUUGCGGGGGAGUGUGGGGAGAAAUGAAGGUGAAAGCUGAGGCGGGUGCCUUGAGCGGUGUCACUGACUCGAGUCUGAGGUUACCUGUGCACAGGUGGAAAGGACCAAGUCACUGCGCUGGUCAGUGUACAGGGAAACGCAGGGACAGUCCCUGCAGCGAGGACACCCCUCCCCCAACCCCCCAGAUUUCCCCGGCACGGCCUGCAGCCUCACUCUCCUUUUGCACCGCUGUCGGACCACAAUCGUUCGCAGGGAUUUAACUGCAGCAGCCUUUGCCAAGAAAUCCCACCUCUCCUCCCACCCCCAACCAUGUCCUCAAGGUGUCAGUCUUAGCACAAAGAACAACCCCCUAUUGUGUCUCCAGUGUGUAUCACCUCAUCCGGCUCCCUUUCACCGCCCCACCUCCUGCUUCGCCGGUAACUCGGCUCAUUUGCCCUAAAAAUGAAAACUCCUAGCCGAGCGCAUCGCCCCUAAAUUUCGAAGUCCCAAAGGACAACUGUCCCAGUGGACUGAAAGCCGAUCCCCAAGGAUGGGAUGCACCCCGCGGCUUCCUGCAUCUGCCCCUAGGAGAGCCCAGCAUCUCUCCCCUCGGGGCUCCAGUUGGGUUCACCGCUCCGAACUCAAGCUCGGUCCUCAGAGGCAACCUCGCCCCGCCCCUUUUGGGCCGCUGAGAAAACCUGGCUGGGUGGAUCGCCCCGGGGACAGGUUCCGCGCUCCGCCAGCCGGGCCGCGCACGCCGGAGGCCGGGGUUCCUGAGCCCGAGCGUGAAGUCCGGGGCGGUAGGAAGCUGCAGCCUGCGAGUGGGCGGGGCCGAGGAGACCUAGGAGGGUUCAAAGGGAGGUGGAGGGAUACACGGGCCACAGUCGGAACUACUUUCAGGAGGCGGUCACGUGUGUUCCUAGUUGGGGAACUUUCCAAAUUCCCAUUACCCCAUAGCUCGAGAGGCAAGUGCUUCGCUUUCUUCACCCGGGGUGCCUUCUGCGGGCAGCGGGACCCCAGAGCCUCCUGGGUCGCGGCAGCAACACAAGCUCGGGCGAGCCUCCCGCCGGAGCGCUGUCGGGGCUGACGCCUGGGGACCUGGUUACACAAGCACCCACAUCCAAGCACGUGCCCCCACCUCCCCGCACACUGGCCGCCGCCGCUGAUUCUUGCAGACCACCGUGCCAGCGUUUUCAGGCUGGUCCCACCCUUCGCCUGCUACCCACAGAGCAAGCUAAAGGGCCGAGACCUGAGACUCCUUGCUCCGGAUCAGCUAACUGCGCGUUCCCAACCGUGGGAGAAAGGGCUGGGCCCGGGGGUCUGGCGCAACUCCCUCGCUAGUACCCUGCCCCUUAGGGCGAACCUUGCUGGUGCUGUGCUUCGCGGGGCAAAAGGGUAUCUCCUACAGCAGCCCGCUGCUUGAAUACACCGAUGUUGCAACAAACUUGCAAUCACUACACCUGAGCUGGUGAGCGCGCCCCACCUACUGUAGACUCAGCCAAGUGACUUUUCUGGUCGGAGAACCUAGUCAGUGGCCGGCGGCCCAGAACAAACCUGUUAAGUCUGCUUACAGCCCGGAUUGGUUGACCCGUCCCAUGAGAGCUGGUUCGGAAAUGCUGAGAACUGGAGCGCAUUUACCUCGACACUGAUCAGCUGCAAAGCGAGUUGUCCACCUUUUGCUUGGAGAGACUGGGCAUCAAUCAACACCAAUUUAGGAAUUUCUUCCUUUUCUUUCCCCUGGGAAGUAGAACUGCAGGAGACAAUUUAAGUCCAAAAGUAUCUAGGUUGAAACGUAGGCUGAGGUACUGGGUCGUUUUUCAGUUCUGGGAGAAUGGGGAUCAAUUUGUAUGUGUAUUGCAGGAAUUGUGAGUAGGUGCUUAGGAAAAUCCUCUAAAGAGGAUUUAUUCAGUGUAUGAGAGUGAAGAUUGUAUAUGUGAACAUCAUAGUUGCAGGCAGCCCCUGAAGACUAGAAACCCCAAGAGAGCUAGCUUAGAAGCCACAGGCCAUUACCUAACUCCAAGACUACUAAUUAAACCAGGGGUAUUUACGAUGUUCUUAAGAGAUCUCUGAGGCUCCAUAAAACUUUGCAUUUAUAUACAACAUCCUUUUAAAAUAGCUCUGCAGGAGUUAGCAACCUGCUGAAAUUCAAUGUUGAUAUUUAUUGGAGGCUGGUUUUGUGCAUAGUCCUGGCCAGCCUGGGAGAGGUAAAGGCCACAAGUGGAAAAGGAAAUAGAGAGCCACCUGGAAAGAGUAGGUGAAAGGCCUCCAUUUAGUUUCUAAAGAUGAAAAUCCUGUUCACACCGCCUAGUGUGAGCUAAAGCUUUCUUUAUUUUACAAGUAACCAAGGAUAAGGAGUCCCUGACUUCGAGGUAUUCCACUAGAUUGCAUGGUAAGAAUCUGAGCUGUGCUUGGUUGAGUAUCAACUACUGCUAGGUGGGAAAGGGAAAAUGAAGUUAAAUGAAGGGAAGUAGGUUGAGGAGGGGUAAAAUGUCCCGUCUUUGCUUCUCAGGUUGCUGAUCUUGUCCUCCAGAAACCCUGUUAUUGGCACUGCCCUACACUGCCCCUCCCCAGGAGCCUACCCUACAUGUGGGUUAGUCUCACAGUGUCUGAGAAGUUCUCAAAUCCACUUCCUGGGAGGAAAAUGGAUUCAUUCCUGCCUUGUUUGUGUUAGGCAUGAGGAGAGAGGAUCCUUUUCAAUUCCGGGGGUAUGGUUAUUCUGGAGCAGAGAGAAUGUGCAUCACCAGCACUAAAGUGCUGGAAUAUGAGACAGCCCACGAACAAUUCCAUCUGCAGAGGGAAGAAAAUGGGAAAUGAGUUUUGUGCUACUCUAAACAUUAGGUUCCUCUACUUCUCUCUAGUGAAGAAUGAAGGCUCACCAAUGUUGGCAGAUAUUUGGCCAGCCUGACACCAAUAUCAGGUGGUUAUUAGGAGUUCCUGAAGAAAAACCUCCUUCCCUUCCCAGUGUUAAGUAGGUUCCUGAAAGAAAUACUGAUGUAUCCUUUUUAAAUUCUUUUUUUCACUUUUUCCUUCUACUCGAGAGAUCUUCUUACCCAGGAGGUAGAGCUGAAACCUCUACUUUCUAAUGUACAGAAAGUUAUUUAAAAUAUUUUUUUCAAAUUCAAUUGCAGAUAUCUGCGUGGCUGUACAGACAUUACAAUACAGUUGUGCCUCAGUAUCCACAGGGGGCACUGGUUCCAGGAACCCUAGUAGUUACCAAAGUCCACAGAUGCUGGAGUGUGUUACUAGGUCCUCUGUAUUGGCGGAUUCUGCACCCGUGGGCUCAGCCAACUGCAGAUGGUAACCACAGUACAUACACGAUCCGCGGUUGGUUGAAUCCCGCAGAUGCAGAGCUCACAGAUACGGAGGGCCGACUGUACAGUAGUUUCUAAGCACUUCAGUUCUUUACCUGUCUGGAUUUAGAAUGUCCUAGGGAGAAACAGAAGCUUGUAACAAAUGGAGAAUUAUAUAAAGCUUCACGGAGACUGACUAUAUAGAAUAAUUAGUGAGCAUGAUAAACCAGCUUUAAUUACCGGUUCUAACAGCUGAUUCCAAAACUGUAUUGUUACUAUACCCAAAGAAUGUCCAAAGAAAAUUCCUUUCUUAUUUUCUUUGAUAAGUGAAAUGACCAGCAAGUUGAUGUGGGUGAUAUAAAUACUUGAUGGCUUCUUUGUAGGUCCUGCUGCUAAAAUGUCUUUUGUUGAACACUCUGAUCCCGAUAGUGCCUUUCUCAUCUCCCAUACACUGACCUUUCAAAUAGAGAUCUAAAUCAAUGGCUUUAAUUUUUAAGCAAUCUUCUCUAUUUUUAUCUGUUUAACCACUGCUUUUUAAAUAAUACAGAAUAGAAAAAUGUAAUAAUUAUAGGUUUGAACUUAAAACCACCCCAUUCUUCCAAUGGUCCAAAGGCUUUUCCCUUAUUUCAUUUAUCCUAAUUACAAAUAUUGCUUUUCUUUUAAAUAGAGAUAUUUUGCCCAUGACAUUUCUCCAGAAGUCACUGCUAUGGAUCAUACAAGUAAAUAUAUGCUAGGAGAGAAUUUUCCAUUAUUGUUUAUAAGCUCUUUGUAUUCUUAAUCUCUUCUGCAGCUAUUUCAGAUGGCACUGUCUCCUUUCAUAUCUCAGUAGAGAGUGUGCUGUAUGAAAUUAUCACUCUCAAAGAAAUCAGGGUUGGGUUGGGUGCUCCUGGGAGAACCACAGAGCAGACCAGGCAUCAGUAUGUCCAAGUGGCACUCAGAAAUUGUGACUUGGACUAGAGUGAUAGAAAAGACCUAACAUGACAAGACAGUUUUGACUGUUUUAGUUUGCAACAUAACAUUGGCUAUUGGAUGUUCUACUUUAGUGUCCUUAAUACUAACUUUAACUCUAGCCCUAUGGAACAUAUAUUUUGCUUUUUAGCUCUUCCAACAAUAGAAAAAGGUAAUACUUUUUAUAUACCAGGAGGUCCUGGGGCAUUAACAGGUGCUUCACAGAGUAGCCCUCAUUUGUCUAGGUAUAGGAAGGACACUGAGAGGGAGUCAAGGUUGACCACUGCCUCAUUCCUACAAAUCUUUCUCUUCAGAACAUCCUUCUGGCUUCUGAGGCAUCACUUUUUCUGACAACAAAGGGCACCUUUUAGGAAGAGAGAAUGCGUGGUACAAACUCUGUUUAAAGUAUCUUUUUUUGUCUGUCUUCUUGAUGGUAUGGGGUCUUAUCUCCAUUCAUUCAUUUAAUGAUUAAAUCAGCAAAUAUUUGGGAGUCUGUUAUGUGCCAGUACUGUCCUAUGCUCUGUGGACAGAGUAAUGACUCCGGUAUAUAGGGUCCAGCCUUUAUGGAAUUUAGUCUGGUUGAAAACUUGGCUUCUUUGUCUGAUCCUGUUGCAACUUCUUCACAGCCCAUGUAGUUAAAGCAACACAAAAUAUCCUAACAUUUGAUAACUCUUUCAAUUAUCUACUGCUGCAUAACAAACCACCAUAAACUUAGCGGCUUAAAAGAAAAACCACCAUUUAUUUUCUCACAAUUCUGCAAUCUGGGAAGGGCACAGCUGGACAGUUCUUCCGCUCCCCCAUGAUGUCAGCUGGGCUCAGACAUAUGGGUGGGUGCAUUCAGCUGUGAGUUUGGCUGGGGCUGGAAUAUCCAAGAUGACUUCAUUCAUAUGUCUGGCACCUCAGUUGGGGCAGCUGAAAUUGCUUGUGGCCUCCCUCUCUUCGUGUGAACACUCAUCAUUCACUGGGCCAGCCCAAGCUUCUUUACACAGUGACUGGAUCCCAAGUGGAAGAAAGCAGAAGCUACAAGCCCUCUUAAAGCCAGGGUUUGGAAGUUCCAGAACAUCAUUUUCAUUGUAUUUUCUUAGCCAAAGCAAGUCACAAGGCCAGCCCAGAUCCAAAGGGAGAGGAAAGAGACUCUACUUGUUAAUGGAAGGAGUGGCUGGGAUGGGAGAAAUUUUUGGCAGUCAUAUUUGGAAACACUCUAUCAUAAUCCACCCUCUGGCCACAAUAAUACACAUUCACAACCACACACAGACAUGCAAAAUACACUUACUUCCUCCCUCCAAAUUGUCAUUCUGUACAGCAUUGGCUCUAAAUUCCAAGUUUUAGUAAUA